AUGACCUCAUUCUAUUCUACUGAGCUUUAUAUGAAAAGAGCACUCGCCGAAGAACAACCCCUCCCCGAGACCCUUCGUCGCACGUCCCUCUUAACAAGGGUACUCUGUUUUUUGGCGCUUGGACGUCCAAAUCUCGAAGAUCACUGGAAGUCGCUGCAAUCAGAGAAAGCCUUCGAAACCGUUAGGAGCAGGUCAUGCUCUAUCCUGGCCAGCACUAUCACCACAGCAAGUGUCCUCCUCGCUACAAGCGUUGUUUUCGUCAGUACGGGCUCUCCUGUCCCAUACCUCGACUAUACAUCACCCGCUCCUCAUUGUCUACUAUUUAUCUCACUCAUGUUCGCCAUGAUCACAAUAUUGACAUCUGGCUCGAGCAUGUGGACUCAAGAACAACUCAAGCCGGGCGGCUACUUCGUCCUGUCUUACUUGUUGUCGAUAGUCACCCCCAUAUUAUUCGUCGCCUGGUCCCUACAUUGUUUUAUAUUUGCGAUUUUAAUAACAGGCUUUGUUCCCAGAGCACGAUCUGCCGUGUAG